AUGCUAACCAGAAGGUGGAUUUCUAUUCCUAACUCUUAUAGGUUUUACAAAAAACUUGUAAAUAAACAAAACAAGACGUGGCCGAUAAUUUGUGAAUGUGUUCAAAUACAACAGCUAAGACCGAUUACAAUAAAUACCCCUAAAAAUGCUGAAAAUAUUUCGAAAGCGAAUAAUAUUCUUCUGUCCAGUGGCAUGUCAAAGAAUCCUAUGAAAGUCCUGAAUCAUACAUCAUUGUCGUCAGAGGAACUUCUUGAAAAGUUAAUAGCAGGAUUAUCAGCUGACAUACAUCAAAAAAGGAGAGUUUAUAAAAAUGAUUUAUUGAGGGUAAUAAAUAAAGUAAAAGAAUUAAAUUUUUCAUCCAAAAAGCAAGGAUUACUAUUAAUUAGAUGUUGUACUGACUUACUUCCUGAUGAAACACCAUCAUCUAGAAUGGCUUUGCUGGAACAGGUGUGGAUGGCUUUAAAACCCCACACAGACUUUGAAGUGGAGCAUUACAAUGAGUUACUUCGAGUAUAUAUAGCUAAUAAUAGGACAUUAACAGUAAGCUCUUUUAUUCAUCAAAUGGGUAAAGUGAAACCAAAUAUUUUGACUUAUGAGUUAAUUUUGAAGGCUCUUGGUGAGGCUGGAGACUUGGAUCAAGCUACAGAAGUUAUUUCAAACAUGAAAUCCCAAGAAUUACCAGCAACAGAAAAUAUAUUUAAUUCCCUUAUUGUUUGUCAAGGCAAGUGUGGGAAUCUGAAGAACAUUCAAGAGGUGCUGUCUAUGAUGAAAUCCCUUAAGCUUGAGUAUUCUCUUGACACAUACACAGCUACAGUAAGGGCAUAUGCAUUAAAUAAAAAACAUGAACAAGUAUUGAAAGAAAUGGAGAAGGCCGUAGAAAAUGGAUUUCAGUUUGAAGAAACACAUAUAAUGGAGAUAGUAAAAACCUUGGCCUCUGUUGGGUUAUAUGAGACAAUUCCUAAGGCACUGAAAUUCCUCCCGGAAGAAACUCUCCAAACACCAUCCAUUUCUCCAUAUAUGCAGAGUGUAUCUACAUUGUUGGUGUUUCAAAAUCACCCAAUGGCAGCUCUUGAAAUAUAUAAAUGUCUUCCGUUACCUUCAUUUGGCCCCAAAGACGAUCAAGGACUACAUGGCAGGAGCCUAGUUAGGGAUUGUGUUAAGGCUUCAAUGCCAUCCAGUAUAAUAUGUCUGAUCGCGGAACAGCUAAUGGCGUCCGGCCGCAAUCCCAUAGCACUUCAGAAUGCAUGUGAAGCAGCACUGCAGCUGGGUAAAGUGCCAUUAGCUUUAGACUUGUUCACUCGAAUGAAGCAAAUGGGAAUGGCCAUAAGGCCACAUUAUUUUUGGCCUAUACUCCUGCACACAUCGAAGACAUAUGGAGAGAAAGGUAUAAUGAAUACACUCUCGACAAUGGUCACCAUGGAAGUAAAACCAGACUAUGAAACCAUAAUGACAUAUACUCUUCCAUAUGUAAGCUUCACUUCACCACAAAACUUGAUGAAGAAAUUUCAGGAUACUGGACUAUCUGUGACAACAGUGUUAACACCUAUGAUGGAAACGCUCCUAAACACGGGACAAGUGAGAGCAGCUAGUGAGAUUUGUGAACUCUUCCAAGGGAAAGUUGAUGCGGAAAUUCUGUUGCGGCCGCUAGUUAAGGGUUACUUAACAAGCCUUGACGUUAAAUCUACCAUACACAUUCUAGAAGACAUAACAUCUAAAGCUGCAGAUAAAGGCAAAGACUGGGUGGGAAGGUUUCUUUGUGUGUUCAUGCGACAUAAGAAAGUCACAGAAGACUUGUCGGAUCUUAUAGCUAUAAUAAAGGCAUUAAAAGAUACGUCCCUAAAGAUAUCAACAUCAGCAGCCGACUACUGCAUAAGUCGAUUGCCGGAAACCUACGAUCAAAAAACGAUUGACAUCUUUAAGGAUACCCUCAUCGAGAUCACCGACGAGAGGUUGGUCGACGAACAUGAGAUCUUCGUUCAGCAGAUGCCGCAUCCUAAAAACAUGAACGAGCAGUCAUUAAAGGCACAUCUAAGCGAACUAGAAGCUAAAGGAAUGAACACACGUGGCGUACUGCGCAAAUUAUUGCAGCAGUACUGUCGAGAAAACAAUUUACCUGCCGCUAUGGAAGUUGUAGAGAAAUGCCAGAAGGAAGGGGUGUUUCUUUCGGCCGGUAUGAAGGCAGCUAUAUUCGAUCUCUAUGUGAAACUUGGCGAGUUGGAUUCUGCUGAGUUAGCGCUUGCGGACUUGAAUAAAUCGUCGCCCAAUUUUACACUUGACGAGUUCAAAGUGAUCGACUUCGCGACUCUUAUGGUUUAUAGGAACAGGAUCAAGCAGGCGUUCAAUUUAAUUAACGAACAAUCUAAGAAGAGGCACGUGAUAGGCGGUCGCAAUAUAUCGAUGAACUGCUGGAGGUUACUGGACGCAGUUGCAGCGCACGGGACCUCGGAGGAAACGCUGCGAAUGUUCGAACUUCUUACCACUUUGCGAUAUUGCAAACCAACAAAUACAAUACUGGGGCCCCUAAUACGGGCACAUUUUAAAAACGACGACUUACAAGCGGCUUUGCAGGAGUUCGUACGUCUAUCGAAUAAAUACAACAAAACACCUCUAAAGCACGAGUUGCUGUGUAAAAUAUUAUAUGUCAUGGGUGAUGGAGGCUGCGAGGAUACUUUUGUAAUAAAUGAGAAGGGCAAUACAAGUUUUAACAAAAUGGUGCAGACUGUACUUAAUGUAGAUAAGAAAGUGCACGGUUCUGGCGACGUACAGCUAACCCUAAUAACGGCACUAGCCGAUGUUGGUUACAAGAAGACUCUUCGCAGACUGUUACUCGAUCCGACAGUCAAGUUUCACCCAGACGCAUUAUUAAGAUCUUGUGAAAGAUUCGCUGAUGAGAAGAAAGUUGGAGCUUUGGAGACAAUUGCGGAAUCCCUAAGAGACCUACGCUUUGUAAAUGUGGAGGAAAUAUAUAACAUGAUACUGGACGUCUAUCAACGCGAUGACAAUUGUGAAGAUGCACUGUCACUUUGGUACAAAAUGCAAGAAGCUGAUGUAACACCGUCGCAGAAGUUCGUGCGUAACCUGUGUUCUCUUUGCACUUCCAAUAAUAAGGAAAUACCAUCAGAUCUAGCUUUAAUGCUCGAUAAGGAAAACAGAAAAGCAUCCAAGUCCUAA